ACUUGGGACCGCCCUUGUCGAGCUCUCUGAUGGUGAAGAGAUCAUCAAACAGGAUGCCGGCUGCGGCCAUCUCGAAGAAGAGACAGUGCUGACGAUCGAGGUCGAGGAGGACGUUGCAGCCUGACAGGCUUGCUUGCCGCCGCGUCGCUCCCUCCUCCUCCUGCCGACCCUCUCGGCCGACUUUGACAAGCCAGAGGCCAGCAGAAUGGCAUCAGAGUCCUACCUCGUCAUCGGCGGCGAAGGCUUCCUGGGCGGCCGCAUGGUCGAGAUGCUCCUCGCACGGUACCCCUCCUCCGCCAUUGGCUCACUCGACAUUGUCCAACGCCGGCACUCGCCCAAGAACCACGCAGGCAGAGCGCACUGGACGUUCUAUCGAGCUGAUCUCACGGAUCUCGAAGCGCUCACUGCCGCCUUCAGACAAAGUGCUGCCACUGUCGUCAUCCACACUGCUUCACCCCACAUAGGCUCACCAAGAGAGAUCUCGGAAAAGAUCAAUGUGACGGGCACCCAGACGGUCGUGGCAGCCUGCAAGGCCACGGGCGUCAAGUGCCUCAUCUACACUUCCAGCUCGAGCGUCGUCUAUGACGGCCAUCAUCUUACCAACAUCGACGAACGACUGCCCCUGCCUCUCAAGACGCUCGAUCCUUAUAGCGAGACCAAGGCAAGAGGCGAGCUCAUCGUCCUCGAUGCCAACACACCUGGCCACUUCCUCACGUGCGCACUCCGACCCUCUGGCAUCUUUGGGCCAGGCGAUAGGCAGAUGAUACCGGGCUUCAUCGAUGUUCUCAAAGCUGGCCAGACCCGCUUGCAGAUCGGCAACAACGUCAAUCUGUUCGAUUGGACGUAUGUCGACAACGUCUGUCACGCCCAUUUCCUUGCGGCCGAGAAGCUCUUGCAAGAAUUUGACGAUCCCAAAUCGGCAGGCGUGACCGCAGAUGUCUUCACUCAUCGUCUCGGACCAGUCGAAUCGACGAUUCCGAGAAGAGAUAUACCCACCACGAAGAAGCGCGCGCUCGCUGCCGAGCUCGAUGCCAGACGGUUAACGCGGCGACAAGCUGCUGCUCUGGAGCAGAGCACAGAUCUCUCUGACGAGGGGAUCGAUGCACCCCUCGACGCGCGCAGAAAUCGAUUCGACCAGUACUUCGGGGCGGACAGCGUCGAGGAAGCCCAAGAGACGUAUCGUGUCGCGGGUGAGGCAUUCAACAUCACCAAUGGCGAGCCAACCUACUUCUGGGACCUCGGUCGCUACGUCUGGCACGAGUAUAAUGGUCACGUUCCUUCGAGCAUCAUCUCCCUACCGCAGUGGCUCGCGUGGUAUCUGGGCGCGGGCGCAGAGCUUUUCGGCAGGCUCACCGGCAGAGUGUCCAAGUUCAGCCGCUUCAAGGUCGCCCUCUGCCUCAACGAUAAGUACUACAACAUCGAAAAGGCACGCCGUGUGCUAGGCUACGAGCCCAUCGUAUCACUACAAGAAGGCGUCAGACUCGCCGUAGCAGACUUUAAGCAAAACGAGCGGAUCAACGAGAAGGCUCAAUGAGUUGUAUUGCAGCGUAUGCGAGCUGUUGUACUGCAUUGGAGAGCUCAUGUUGCAACACCUAGAUCCUCGU